AUGCCGACCAUUGGCGUCGACAAAUACCGCCUCUUCAAGGAGUUGGGCCAGACCUUCACGCCUGAUGAGUUCCAGGACCUGGCCUUUGAGUUCGGCGUCGAGGUCGACGAGGACACCGAAGAUGACCCGGCACGACCGGCCGACGAGCCGCCGGAGCUCAAGAUUGAGAUCGGCGCCAACCGCUACGACAUGCUGUGCUUUGAGGGCAUUGCCAUGAACCUCAACGUCUUCCGCGGCAAGAUUGCCAUGCCCAAGUUCCGCCUGCUCGACAUCCCCGAGUCCCAGAUGCAGACCAUCACCGUCAGCAAGGACACCUCGCGCGUGCGGCCGCUCGUUGCUGGUGCCAUUCUGCGCAACAUCAACUUCACCCAGGCCACCUACGACUCGUUCAUCAGCCUGCAGGACAAGCUGCACCAGAACCUGGCCCGCCAGAGAACACUAGUCUCCAUCGGCACACAUGACCUCGACACGAUCAAGGGCCCCUUCACGUACGAAGCGCACAAGCCCGAGGACAUCUCGUUCAUCCCGCUCAACCAGACCAAGGCGAUGAACAGCACGGAGCUCAUGGCCUUUUACGAGUCCGACAAGCACCUCGGCCGCUACCUGCACAUUAUCCGCGACAAGGAGGUCUACCCGGUCAUCUAUGACGCCAACCGCGUCGUCUGCUCGCUGCCGCCCAUCAUCAACGGCGACCACUCCAAGAUCACGCUCAACACCAAGAACGUCUUCAUCGAGAUCACGGCCACCGACGAGACCAAGCUCGAUAUUGUCUGCAACAUGAUGGUCACCAUGUUCUCCGGCUACUGCGCCGACCCCUACACCAUUGAGCCCGUGCGUAUUGUCUCCGAGCACAAUGGCGCCUCGCGCGUCACGCCCAGCCUCGUCACGCGCAACGUCGACGUCGAGGUCGACUACAUCAACCAGUGCUGUGGCCUCGAGGAGUCGCCGGACGCGCUGGUCAAGCUGCUGGCCAAGGUGACCUUUGCGGCCACGCCGUCGGCCGACGGCAAGAUCCUGCACGUGGCCGUGCCGCCGACACGCGCCGACAUCCUGCACCCCUGCGACAUUAUGGAGGAUGUCGCGGUCGCGUACGGCUUCAACAAGCUGCCGCGGUCGUCGCCCAACAAGUCGGCCACCAUUGGCCAGCCGCUGUUGAUCAACAAGCUCGCCGACAUUGUGCGGCUCGAGUCCGCCAUGGCGGGCUGGAUCGAGGUCAUGCCGCUGAUCCUGUGCUCGCACGACGAGAACUUUGGCUGGCUCAACCGCAAGGACGACGGCAGCACGGCCAUCAAGCUGGCCAACCCCAAGACCACCGAGUACCAGGUUGUGCGCACGUCGCUGCUGCCCGGCCUGCUCAAGACCAUCCGCGAGAACAAGAGCGUCGCCCUGCCGCUCAUGAUCAGCGAGGUGUCGGACGUCGCCUUCAAGGACGACUCGGUCGAGCGCCACGCCCGCAACGAGCGCCACUGGGCCGCCGCCUACUCGUCCAAGUCGGCCGGGUUCGAGAUGGUGCACGGCCUGCUCGACCGCGUCAUGGCGAUGCUGCGCAGCGCCUUCAUCACACGCGAGGAGGGCCUGGAGGCCGCCAAGGAGACCGCUGCGGCCAUUGCCACGCCGACAUCCUCCAAGCCGGGCGCCCAAGACGGCUACUACAUCCAGGAGAUCAACGACCCGACUUUUUUCCCCGGCCGCGCGGCGGCCAUCUACCUGCGGCUCAACGGCAAGACCCAGCGGAUAGGCGAGCUGGGAGUGCUGCACCCAACCGUGCUCGAGGCCUUUGGCCUGAGGUAG